UUGUUUAGUCAAUAUCAGGAUACUAAUGUAACAAUAAAUCCAAUAGAGAAUUUUAAAAGUAAGUUUCGGGCAUUUUCGUUGUUGCCGCCUUUUUGGCUACAUGCAGAAAAUCCUAAUGGGCUGGUAUUUAUGCGAAUGGAUCCAAAAACUCAGAAGAUUAAACAUCAUAUACGUUUAAACGAUGAUCUAACUGUCACUGUAAUUUUUCCCAAUAAUGAACAAUUGCCACUAAAGGAGAAAAUUAAUUCAUAUGACAACACCUACGAUUACUUAAAAUCGGUUGAAAGAUGGCCUUUGUGCGUUGGUACUCAGAUUGACGACAAUAAAUUUUGUAAAGGUGUGAUUAUUGGUGAUGAUACUUACGAAAGAAAUCAACAGUACCCAAGAUGUAAAUCUUGUCGAAUAUUACGAAAUCGUUUGCAGAACCGUAAUUCCACUUCAACUCUAUUACAAAAAAUGGCAGAAGCAAAACGGCGCGCUUCAAAUCUUGUACAUAAAUGCAAGCGUCUGAAGAGGACGACCCCUUACGGAACUGUGAAAAAAAGACAUUGGGAAGCGGUAUUAGAGGAAGAGAAUUAUCGUCAGCCUAACUUAAAAAUCGCUUACAAGUUAACACCAGCGCAUUUGAAACCGAAAGGUUUUCAAGGCGCCUCUGUCUACUGA